AUGGCCCCUCCCAAGGUCUUCUCUAUCGAGGGCAAAGGCCUCAAGCUCGAUACCGCUGAGGAUAUCGAGUCCCAUAUCAAGCCUCUUCUCGAAGCCACCGACUACACUGAGAUCCGCUUCGGAGGAAACACUCUGGGUGUGCCUGCUUGCGAGCGUCUCGCCGCUGUGCUUUCUACACAAAAGAGCCUCGAAGUGGCUGAACUUGCCGACAUCUUCACCUCUCGUCUGCUGAGCGAAAUCCCCGACGCUCUGACAUUCCUCCUCAAUGCCCUUCUCGAAAUCACGACCCUUCACACCGUCAACCUCUCCGACAAUGCCUUCGGCGCCAACACCCAGAAGCCCCUCGUCGACUUCCUCGCUCGCCACACCCCGCUCCGCCACCUGAUCCUCAACAACAACGGCAUGGGUCCCGAGGCUGGUUCGAACAUUGCGAAGGCACUCACGGAGCUGGCUCAGCGCAAGGAGGAGGCCCGUAAGGAGGGCAAGGAGGUCCCUCUUCUCGAGAGCAUCGUCUGCGGUCGCAAUCGCUUGGAGAACGGCAGUAUGGCGGCUUGGGCACGUGCCUAUGAGGUGCACGCUGUCGGCAUGCGCUCCGUCAAGAUGACACAGAACGGUAUCCGUCAGGAGGGUAUCUCUAUGCUGCUGAAGGAUGGUCUUCGCCACUGCUCUGCUUUGGAGGUGCUCGACUUGCAGGACAACACUUUCACCAUCAUGGGCUCCACCGCCCUGGCUGGUGUAGUCUCCAGCUGGCCCUCUCUCCGUGAGCUCGGUGUCAGUGACUGCUUGCUGUCGGGCCGUGGUGGCGUCAAGGUCGCUCAGGCUCUGGCUGAGGCCAAGAAUCAGAAGGUCCAGACGCUGCGUCUGCAGUACAACGAGAUCACCGCCGAGGGUGUCAAGCAGUUCCUGCACGCCACCAAGACUGCUCUUCCUGCCUUGCGUCGCAUUGAGCUGAACGGCAACAUCUUCAACGAGGAUGACAACAACGUGACGGAACUGCGCGAGAUUCUGGAGGCCCGUCAGGAGGAGCACGGCCAGGAUGAUGACCCGGAGGAUAUGUGGGGUGUCGACGAGCUGGACGAACUCGAGGAGGAGGAGAGCGAGGAGGAGGAGGAGGAGGAAGAAGAGGAGGAAGAGGAAGAGAAGGCCGAGAAGCUUGUCAAGGACGACGAGCAGGCGGAGAACGAAAAGGUUUCCCAGAAGAAGGACGACGAUGUUGACAAGCUUGCCGACGUCUUGGGCAAAACCGGUCUGUAG